UAAUCUGGAGGAAGUCCACUUGUACUUGCUUCAUCAUCUUCAUUUCAGACACUCUGUUUCUUCCCAACAAGACUGUAGCACAAGGGCGUUUUCGUAUAUGAAUGCAAUUUUCCCUUUUUAACUGCGAAAGUUAAAAAGUAGCACAGAAACAGAGGAAAUUGGUUGAGAAAAUUCUUCACCAAACUUCACAAAUUCAACAACUAAAUCCACUUUAAUUAUUGAUACAGAGAAUUGAUUAAAAAUGGAGAUAUACGGUGAGGAUCAGAGGUUAAAGGAAGAAGAAGAGGAGAUGAUUGAAGAGAGCAGUGAUGAUUGUACUUCUUCUUCGGAAGAUGAAGGCACAGAUGAUUACAGGCGAGGAGGUUAUCAUGCCGUUCGAAUAGGCGAUGCUUUCAAAGGCGGCCGCUAUAUCGUUCAAAGCAAGCUCGGUUGGGGCCAUUUCUCCACUGUUUGGCUCGCUUGGGAUACUCUCAUGUCCCAAUUCGUAGCAUUGAAGGUGCAAAAGAGUGCACAACACUACACGGAGGCAGCAUUGGAUGAGAUAACAAUUCUAAAGCAGAUUACAGAAGGUGAUCCAGACGGGAAUAAAAGUGUAGUGAAGUUACUGGAUCAUUUUAAGCACUCAGGUCCAAACGGCCAACAUGUGUGUAUGGUUUUUGAGAAUUUAGGUGACAAUCUCUUGACACUUAUUAAAUAUACUGGUUACAAAGGACUUCCUAUUCACAAGGUUAAAGAACUCUGUUUCCAUGUUCUAGUGGGUUUGGAUUAUUUACACCGACAGCUUUCUAUCAUACACACUGAUUUGAAACCAGAGAACAUUCUUCUCUGUUCCAUGAUUGAUCCGUCCAAGGAUCCGAGAAAAUCAGGAGCCCCUCUUAUUCUUCCUGACAAUAAGGACGUGAAGGGUCAUGUAACAUUCAAUGGGAAUGUAAAUAAGAACCAAAAGAAGAAGAUCAGAAGAAAGGCCAAAGAAGCAGCUCAAGGUUUUGCAGGGAAGAAAGCUGUUGAGUCGUCUCUCAAUGCAAAAUCAAAUGCAGAUUUCCCAAUUGAUCAGCUUGUUGGUUUAGCUAGUGUUAAUAGAUCGUCUAAUGCUGAUGCUGCAACAGCUAGUGGGAAAGAACAUGUGGGUUCCAAGAGAGGCAGUGGUUCUAGAAGGAGGAAGACAUUGGAGUCUGUUGACCUAAAAUGCAAAUUGGUUGAUUUUGGGAAUGCUUGUUGGACAUACAAACAGUUCACAGAUAAUAUUCAGACGAGGCAGUAUAGGUGUCCUGAAGUUAUUCUUGGGUCAAAAUAUUCAACCUCAGCAGAUCUUUGGUCCUUUGCUUGCAUUUGUUUUGAGCUUGCCACUGGUGAUAUGUUGUUUGAUCCUCACAGUGGUGACAACUUCGAUAGAGAUGAGGACCACCUAGCACUAAUGAUGGAGCUUCUCGGAACAAUGCCCCGAAAAAUUGCCUUGGGUGGCCGUUAUUCACGUGAGUUCUUCAAUAGACAUGGUGACUUGAGGCACAUCAGACGGUUACGCUUUUGGCCCUUAGAUAAGGUCCUUGUAGAGAAAUACGAAUUCAGCGAGCAAGAUGCAAGGGAUUUUGCUGAUUUCCUGAUACCAAUACUUGAUUUUGUCCCAGAGAAACGGCCAACUGCAGCUCAGUGCCUUCUUCAUCCAUGGAUGAACACAGGUCCCAACAGUUUGGAACCUCGCGUGCCUGAUGCACAGCCUACAGCCACUGGUACUGAAAACUUUGAGCAGAUUAAGAGUGUGAAGGAAAGGAAAGAGGCUAUGGAGGCUGUGAUGGGGAAUAUGGCUAUUAACUAGGACUAAAAAUUGUCAAAUUCCUUGGUCAAAUUAAUGAUACUUGUAUACAGCAGCUUUAACCAGUUCAUCUCACUAAGAGAUCUAAUCUCUAUAUUUUUGGUAUAUCGUCAUGUUGUGUCUUUGGUAAUUAAGCCAUGUACAGUUAAAGGAGGCAUUAUAGCACCAUAUAUUACUUGAAA